AUGGCUACCCCUAGUGUCCUCACUUUUGACGCCGAGGGUCGGGCCAUUGACUUUGACGUCUGGGUAGAUGACCUGCAGCUUUUCCUACAGUGCGAUAGGGCAGACGGUCUCUAUCUCUUUGACCUCACCUCUGGUGCCUCUCCUGCCCCUGCUGCUGAUGCUGACACCACUGUUCGCUCACAAUGGGCCACGCGCGAUGCUGCUGCACGUCUUGCGGUGCGUCGCCACCUGCCUACCUCUGAGCGUGCGCACUUUAGUCAGUACAAGAGUGCUCAGACCUUGUACGACGCUGUAGUUGCACGCUACUCCUCCCCUGCCAUUGCUGCACUGAGCCGCCUCAUGCUACCAUACCUCUUCCCUGACCUUGCUGCCUUUCCCACAGUCUCUGACCUCAUUACACACCUCCGCACUAGUGACACUCGCUACCGCGCUGCGCAUCUUGCUGAGUUCUGCGCCAAGUACCCCCCCCCCAUGUAUAUCACCCUCUACUACAUAGUCACCCGGCUCCCUGACUCCCUUCGCGUAGUCAGGGACCACUUCCUCGUAGUGUGCCCCACCACUCUCACCGUUGACCUCCUUGAGAAGGCCCUCCUAGCAGCGGAGAAGAGCAUAGUCGCUGUAGGAGCCUCUCGUGGUGACCCCCGCACCCCCGUCUUUGAGGGGUGUUCUCCCUCCCCCCUCUUGCCCUCUGUUGCUUCUACUGCUGCGGCCGACCUCGUUGGUUUUGAGUCGGUUGGCGCUGCGUCUGCCCCUUCGGGGAAGCGCCGCACAGGCAAGGGCAAGGGGGGCAAGGGCGCUGGAGGGGCUGGCGGGGGCGGUGGAGGCGGCGGUGGAGGCGGCGGAGGGGGUGGGGGUGGGAGUGGGAGUGGUAACGGGGGUGGGGGUGCCGAUGGCAGCAGUGGAGGCGGAGGCGGCGGCGGUGGUGGCGGAGGGAGCGGAGGCGGCGGUGGUGGCGGAGGCGGCGGAGGUGGCAGAGGCGGCGGAGGUGGCGGUGGAGCUGGUCGCGGUUCUGCGCAGAGGAGUGGCUCCGGUGGUGGUCCGCGCCAGCAGCAGCAGCGCGGUCGUGAGACCCUGUCCCCUCAGCAGCUCCGUGAGUGGUACGCUGCACGCCAGCGGGGUGGGGGUACUGGUCCGUGCACCUACGUCCUGCGCACCGGCGACCGUGCGGGUGAGCAGUGUGGGGGUGCGCACCCCACCCAGCGCUGCUUUGGCCGCCUGACGGACGCGUGGCGUCACCAGUUUCCUGAGGCCACAGAGAUCCCUCGCUGGGGCGAGCUGUCUAGGGCGGGGGUUGCUAUUUUUGACCUUGACUUUGAUGCUAUUCUUGCUGCUAUAUAUGCUGUGACUAUUAGUGAUGAGGGUGACUGUUACCGGUGUUUUCCGCCCGACCCGGGCGUUGAGACUGCUGCUCUAGGUGCUGGUGAGGCUGCUGCUCUUGGUGCUAGUGAGGCUGCUGCUCUAGGUGCUAGUGCGUCUACUUCCUCAGGUACUGGUGAGUCUGCUCCCUCAGGUACUGCGUAG